CUCGUCCCCUCUCCCUCUCUCUCUCUCUCUCUCUCUCCUGUUCUGUUCGUUUUUGUCUCGCCUUUCUCGCUCUUGUCUGUCUAUCUUCUCUUGAGGUGUCGCUUUCCGUAUCGGAUAAGGAAUGAUUCUUUUUGUUUGGUUCUCAUGCGGUCAUUCGAUGAGAUUCCAGGCAACACUUUGUUGGGAUUGAUCGCAGAGGAGGGAGAGAUUUGAUAUGGGUUGUUUCCCGUGUUUCGAAUCGCCCGAGGAGGAGGACAAGAAGAAGAGGAGUGAGGUGGGAGGAGGAGGGGAUGCGAAGGCGGAGACUUCGGCUGGGGUCCGUUUUGACAAAUCAAAACCGAGAAACGUCUCAGACUCUAAGAAGGAAGCAUCGGCUCCAAAAGAAGAAAAUGCUGGACUUAUUGCAUCACGUACUUUCACCUUCCAUGAGCUUGCUGCAGCCACCAGGAACUUUAGACAAGAUUGCCUUCUGGGUGAAGGUGGUUUUGGCCGUGUAUACAAAGGAAUGUUGGAUGAUGGACAGGUUGUUGCUGUUAAACAACUCGACCUAAAUGGACUUCAAGGGAACAGAGAGUUUCUAGUGGAGGUCCUUAUGCUAUGCCUGUUGCAUCACUCUAAUCUUGUCAAUUUGGUUGGUUAUUGUGCUGAUGGUGAUCAACGCCUCCUUGUCUAUGAGUUUAUGCCAUUGGGAUCAUUACAGGAUCAUUUGCAUGACAUACCACCUUAUAAGGAACCCCUGGACUGGAAUACUAGAAUGAAAAUAGCAGCUGGCGCAGCCAAAGGCUUGGAAUACCUGCAUGAUAAGGCGGACCCUCCAGUUAUUUAUCGAGAUUUUAAGUCAUCUAAUAUACUUCUUGGUGAAGGAUAUCAUCCGAAGUUAUCAGACUUUGGCCUUGCAAAACUUGGUCCCGUUGGCGACAAGACUCAUGUCUCGACGAGGGUGAUGGGCACAUAUGGUUACUGUGCUCCUGAGUAUGCUAUGACCGGGCAGCUAACAGUAAAAUCCGACGUUUAUAGUUUUGGUGUUGUCUUUCUUGAGCUGAUUACUGGACGGAAAGCCAUCGAUGUUACCCGACCUGCAGGAGAACAGAAUGUAGUCUUAUGGGCUCGUCCAUUGUUUAAAGACCGACGAAAGUUCCCUAAAAUGGUUGACCCCUUGCUUCAAGGCUGUUAUCCAAUAAGAGGUCUAUAUCAAGCUCUAGCUGUUGCAGCAAUGUGCUUGCAAGAACAAGCAGCAACUCGACCCCUCAUAGGUGAAGUUGUGACGGCACUUUCAUAUUUAGCAUCACAAUCCUAUGACCCAAAUGCAACUGCAGUUCAAAAUGCCGGGAUCUGUUCAUCGACCCAACGGGUUAGGGAGGACAAAAGACUCCUUGGAGGCAGGUUUGUUGAUGAACAUGUUGUGCAUUCACCACAUCAUGACUCUUCCGACUUCAGGCAUAGGCAUCAAGAGGAGGAAGUAUGCACGAGGGUAGAUGUAGGCAGAGCCCGAGGCUCACCGAAAAACCUCAGUAAUGGUCUUGUUAGAGAGGGAGUUGUCACUGAAGCCAAAGUCUGGGGCAAGAAUUUGACAGAGAAAGAGGACAGAAGUGCCUGGUACUAAGCAUUUUUCUCAGACAUAAUAAUCCUUACAUGGUGCAUUGCUUUUCGCGCUCUUAUACCAGAAAAAAUCGAUACCGGUCAGAGUUUAGAUGGCCAGGACAUAUAUGAUGCUGCACAUACUUUCUUUGCCAAUAAGUUUCAUGCUGUGAUGCCCUUGGUUGAGAAUCAAGUCUGCUGCUUGUU